AUGAAGAUCUUCAACUGGGUGCAGAGGAGGUUUCAUCAUGGCGCCAUCAAAGAUGGGCUUGCUAGAAAUGUGAAAAAGGCUGAAUCCAUUACAAAUGAGGCUGACAAGCAAGCAUUGCUGAAACAAGUAGCCCUGGUGGAUGUGCUUGAUGGUUGGAAAGAUGGCAUUUUGACAAUUGGCACAUUAGGUCUUGACCCUUUAAAACCUUUUAACCAACAAAAUGAUCAGUAUCUCAUUUUGGAAAGGGAAGAAGAUGAGGAGGAAGAGGAAGAAAAAGAAGAAGAAGGGGAACAAGAACAAUACUCAGUUGAUGAUGAUUAUUAUGAUGAUGACAAUGUUGAAGAUGAAGAAGUGAACCCUUUGAUAUAUGGAACAUUUGACCACAGUUUUGAGGAAAAUGGAUCAAAUACUGUGACAUAUGAUGUCAUAACCAACUCUAGUAUCGCUGAGCAUGAACAAGCAAAAAGGAAAGGAGAAAGAAUAACACUGGCAGAACUGUUUUUGGAAGAUUCUGACAUGAAAAAGAAGCCGGAUUCUGUUGAAAUUGAGACUAAAUCAGGUAAUAAAAAGCCGGUUACUCGUGCCAAGAGUGGCCUUUCUUUUGCCAAGAAGCUCAUACGUCCUCACGCUGGAGAGGAUUCUCGUCCAAUCAAAAAAUUCAACCAAUUGAUGAGGAGGAUGUUGAAGAGAAAAAUUCACCCCGAAUUUGAUGGGAAGGGAAAUAAAACAGACAGUCAAAAUGAGCCUGGCAUUAUGGAUGCUCAUGCUAGCAAGGGAAAUGAAACCGAAUCAGUUUCUCUGCUCCAAACCCCAUCAGCCUGUUCUACUUGGACGUACCUUACUAUCAUGCAUGGUCAGGUCAAGGUGGGUGGACGGGAGAGAGCUGAAGCCGGCCUCCCUGUCAUUUUCCAUGGAUUUCAUAUGGGUAGCAAUCAUCUAUAG